AGCUUAGAUUCAAACGCCAACGGUCAAUACCAGCUGUUAUUUAUCAGCACAAGUUAUUUACAAUCUCUAAAGCUGUCGCAUAACUUUCUCAUCACUUCUGGGUCUGCAUUGCGCAGCUUUAUUUCAAUAUGGCUUCUCACACUCCGGCCGUUGUCAUGGACAACGGUACCGGUUACUCCAAGCUUGGUUUCGCUGGAAAUGAUUCUCCCUCCUUCGUCUUCCCUACCGCCAUAGCGACAAAAAAUGCCGCAGGAGCUGGUGCAGGUUCAGGAUCCGGGCGUCCUGCAGUUGCCAACAAGCCUUCAUAUCUUAUAGGUGGUGCUGGGCCAGGAGGACAUCUUUCAAUGAAACGUGGAACUGAAGAUCUGGACUUCUUUAUCGGAGACGAGGCAUUAGCAGCCGCAAGUGGACCAGGUUAUGGCAUAAACUAUCCAAUUCGUCACGGACAAAUUGAUAACUGGGAUCAUAUGGAAAGAUUCUGGUCCAAUUCGAUAUUCAAAUAUCUCCGCGUUGAGCCAGAAGAUCAUUACUUUCUAUUAACAGAACCGCCACUCAAUCCACCCGAGAAUCGUGAGAAUACUGCCGAAAUUAUGUUCGAAUCCUUCAAUUGCGCUGGUCUAUACAUUGCCGUCCAAGCUGUACUCGCGUUGGCCGCAUCGUGGACUUCAUCUAAAGUUUCUGAUCGAUCCUUGACUGGAACCGUGAUUGAUUCUGGAGACGGUGUAACACACGUAAUUCCUGUUGCAGAAGGAUACGUCAUUGGAUCAUCAAUUAAAUCAAUUCCUAUCGCUGGUCGAGACAUUACAUACUUCAUUCAAUCCUUACUUCGAGACAGAGGUGAACCGGACUCCUCAUUGAAGACUGCCGGCGAAAUCAAAGAAAAAUACUGUUACGUUUGCCCAGAUAUUGUUAAGGAAUUUGGCCGUUUCGACCGCGACCCUACGAGAUUCGAGAAGCAUACUGUUACCCAGCCCGGCGGGCGUCAAGUAACUGUUGAUGUUGGUUACGAACGAUUCCUUGCACCAGAAAUCUUCUUCAAUCCAGAAAUUCACUCCUCCGAUUUCUUGACUCCACUUCCAACAGUGGUCGACGGCGUCAUUCAAUCUUCGCCUAUCGAUGUUCGUCGUGGACUGUACAAGAACAUUGUCUUAUCUGGGGGAAGUACAUUAUACAAAGAUUUUGGUCGCAGGUUACAACGUGAUAUCAAACAUUUGGUGGAUGACAGAAUUAGAGCCAGCGAAGCACGAAGUGGUGGCGCAAGGAGUGGAGGUUUGGAAGUUCAAGUCAUUUCCCAUAAGAGACAACGACAUGGUCCAUGGUUCGGUGGUAGUCUUUUGGGUCAAACCCCCGAGUUCAGAUCUUAUUGUCACACUAAAGCAGAGUAUGAUGAGAUAGGUCCAAGCAUUGUCCGAAGAUUUGCUUUGUUGGGAGGACCAGGAGGAUCAGCCAAGUCUGAGCCUCAUACUCACGUGACCAUUGUAAUUGCGGGGUUGACAAUCGUUGGAACUUCACGACGUGACAUCAAGUCCAGCGAUAGAACUUCCCCAAACCACGUCUCUUCACGGAAGUCUGGCCCGCACACUUUCCAAGAUAUCGCCAAAUUAUCUGUAACUCUCACAACCAAGGAUCGUCUAAACACAAGUUACAAUUGCAACUGGAUCACAAUUGAAAAGACAGUCGCAACCAUGGAGACAGUCGCAUCCAAUAUUCCACUCCCUACAAAUGAGGAUCUCUCACCUACAGAGCAAGAUUUGUUGGAUGAGUAUGAGCGCUUGGCAGAGAAUAUGAAGACUCUCGCGCACACUCUCGAAACAAUGUCCAAUAAUCCCACAGCCUAUAUCCUCGAUAAUCUGCGCCAGUUGGAGCGGAAAACAAGUUUAGUAUUUACGUUGUUGAAAGCGAGUGUUUAUAGUAUUGUGCUGCAGCAACAGAUUAGUGAGGAGAGGAAUGGUGAUGGUGGAGGGGAGGGGAGUGAGGAGGGGGAUUAUGAAUAA